GGGCGGCUCUGGUCCUGUGCAGAGCUCUUUCAAGGGAUCCAUAGACAGUUAAAGAAAGGGAUCCUGUCAAGUUGACACGUCAAGCGCAUCAAAUCUAGCAUCUACACAACUUCUCCCUGUUGUGCUCAUAGACAGUUAAAGAAGUUUUGGUUGUGUUUUUUUUUUUUACUCGUCGUCUUUUGAUGACGUAAAAGGAAAGCGACACACGCUAGUAUCUUUUUUUUUAACAUUAUGGCAACAGUACAAGUUAGCGAGGCUGAAAAGGUUUACAUCUUACACGGUAUACGGGAUGAUUUACGAGUGGACGGAAGAGGUUGUGAGGACUACAGACACAUGGAAAUAGAGACUGAUGUGGUGUCCAACACAGACGGCUCGGCCAAAGUCACACUGGGGCACACAGCGGUUCUGGUUGGGGUUAAGGCUGACAUUGGAAAACCAAGGCCCGUUGUGCCCGAUGAAGGCUACUUUGAGUUCUUUGUUGACUGUUCGGCCAAUGCAACCCCCGAGUUUGAGGGCAGAGGAGGCGACGAGUUGGGGACAGAGCUAAGUAACACUCUCUACAAAGUCUUCAACAACAAACACAGUGUGGACCUGAAGAGCCUUUGUAUUAGUGCAGGAGAACAUUGCUGGGUCCUCUAUGUGGAUGUACUGCUCCUGCAGUGUGAUGGAAACCUGUACGAUGCCAUCUCAGUAGCUAUCAAGGCAGCUCUCUUUAACACAAAAAUUCCCAGAGUGCACAUAUCAGCUGAUGAAGAAGGGGGGAAGGAAAUUGAGCUGUCAGAUGACCCGUAUGAUUGCAUGAGACUCAAUGUAGAAAACGUUCCUUGCAUAGUGACAUUGUGCAAGGUGGGCCACAGGCACGUAGUGGACGCUACUCUGCAGGAGAAGGCCUGCUCUGUGGCGAGUCUGAUCAUCUCUGUCACACACAAGGGCACAGUCACCUGCACGAGGAAGGUGGGCGGAGGCAGCUUGGAUCCAGAGAGUAUCUUUGAAAUGACAGAGGCAGGUAAACGGGUCGGGAAGGCCCUUCACGCUCCGCUCAUGAAGCUGCUGCAGCAGGAGGAGAGUUUGGGAAAGUUGCGACAGAAAGUUGGCUUCCUUGGUUAACAUCAACUACUGUAUCUACAGUAUGUGUGUACACGUAUACAGAAUUUUGUAAUAAAACCUCAAAUUU